GCAUGCGUAGACGAGAAACAGUAAGCUACACGGCGUACAUAGUCAGCGGUUUAACUGUUGAAUUUGGUACCUAUAACUUUUUCAUUCAGACAGAGAGUGCAUAUUAAGUUAUUAGAAACAGCGGAACUCAGAAUACAUUUUAUAAAACUACCGAAGUAGUUUUCACAAAGAUAAAUAGAACGUGAGACAGCGUUAGCGUGACUAGUGUUAGGCUAAGUAAUGUUAGUUUUGCUAGCUAGCGCUGUUUAGCUACUUAAAAUUACAUUUAUUCACUUGUUCGCUUAAAUAUUUCCCAGGUUGCUACAGACGUUACAUUAAUGUGUCUUUUGGGGGCCGAAUUAAAGCACCUUGUUACUCGAGGGAGAUUAUCACACCCGUCAAUGUUGCUUAGUCGUGUAAACCCUAGCUAAUGGUGUUCAUCACAUUGCUGCUGGGAAAUAAUGUGACUUUGGUCCUGUAAGAAAACAGGAUGGACAGGGAUUUAUUGAGGCAGUGUGUGACUUAUCAUGGAGAGUCACUGUUCAACAAACUUAAAUGUGAACAAACAGAAAACCCAGACUUUCAGGCUCUGGUGUCCGAUCUGUGCAAAGCCUCCUAUGAAAGCAGAGGGGACAACAAGGACAGCACACUCGUGGAGCAAUUUAUUGCCCGGAAAGCUGACAUCCUGUUCUGUCCAUCAUGGAAGACCACCGCUGUCAAAGAGGAGGAGCAUGAUGAGGAAGAGGCUGCAGAACCCUAUGCUGUUAUGCCGCCAUUGGAAUUAUUCAUGGAAGUGUCUUAUGAUGAGAGAAGAGCAAUGCUUUACAGAGACUUGGAAAGAGGAGACAUUGUAGUAGGAAGAAUCAACAACAUCAGAGAGUAUGGCUUCUUUCUCACUCUGCUCAGCACGGCAGGUGGACUGAAAAGAGACAUAGAAGACUUGGACUUGUCAGCUUUGUGUCACAUCAGAGAAAUUCCCUCCACUGGCAGCCAUGAUGAUCCUCUGUCCUAUUACCAGAUUGGGGACUUCAUCAGAGCUGGAGUGAAGGACAUAGACCGCUACCAAGAGAAGAUCACUGUUUCCCUCCACCAGGCGUCUGUUUCCCGUAGCUUAGAGCACAUCAAGCUGGGAGUCAUUGCCCGAGAGGAGCUGCCCGUACAUUACAGUCGAAGCCUUUCUGCAGCCAGUGACUCUACAGAGACGUAUGAGCCAAUACUGAGGAGGUGCCAUGGGUAUCACAACCCCUCUGUAGUGGACUACCUACUGGAGAGGGUGGGGAUAAGUGAUACACACCCCCCAUCACUUAUGAGAGGACUACAGAGUAAACUUUUCCAAGAGGAUGACUUUGCCUCAGCAAUCCGGAAGAAGCAGUCUACCUCCUGGGCCUUGAAAUGUGUCCGUGCCGGUGUGGACCACUUUAAGCACGGUCGUCAUGUGGAAGCUAUGAAUGAAUACAACAAAGCCUUAGAGAUCGACACUAAUAAUGUAGAAGCACUAGUAGCACGAGGAGCGCUGUAUGCUAACAAAGGGAGUAUCAUGAAGGCUAUAUCAGAUUUUGAACUGGCCUUAGAGAGCAGCCCAGAUCACCGUAAUGCCAAGAAGUACCUGUGCCAGACACUGGUGGAGCGAGGAAAACAGCUUGAGGAACAGGAGAAACUAGUCACAGCUGAGGGAUUGUACAGGAGAGCCCUGUCUUUAGAUGAUACAAACCCUGAGGCACAAGACGCCCUUCAUAAGAUCACAGACACCAUACAGAAAUCAAUUCGCCUGCGUGAAGAAGCGCUGGCUAAGGAGCAGGUGAAAGUCAAGAGUGGCCAGACAAGUGCAGAAAAAUUGCGUAAGAUCUUAAAAGAGGAGAAGAGGAUGAAGAGAAAACGGAAGAGAUCGGCCUCUUCCUCCUCCUCCUCCUCCUCCUCGUCUUCCUCCAGAGCUUCCUCGUCUUCCUCGUCUUCUUCCUCUCGGAGGAGAUCCAAAAAGAAAAAAAAGAAGAAGAGGAGGUCUGACCGGGGGAGUAAGCGCCAUCGCAGGAUCUCCUCGAAGGAGAGCAGGAGGAGCGAGGAGGGUAAGGGCGAGAAAGAGGAGGAGGAAGAGCUGGAGUGGUAUCCUGCACCUCCCAACACCUCUGCCACCUUUCUGAACCAGAAGGGAGGCCCGAGGUUUGAGGAGGAGGUGAGGAUGGAGAAGGACACUGACGACAGACGGAUCUCUCAGCUUUAUUCUCUGUCGGCUGCUUCAGACGAAGAGUCUGAUAAUUCACGCAUAGAUAGAAAGAGGAGAGACAAAGAGGAAAAGACGAGAAGCAGGAAAGACAGCAGGAGCCCAGAGGAGAGGAGGCAAAGGAGGGAUAAGAGUAGGGAGAGAGGGAAGGAGGAUAGUAGGAGAGACAGGAGAGACAGCGAUGUUAAGCGGAGGAGCAGCUUAGACAGUACGAGAAACCGAAACGUGUCCUGCUCAUCUGCGGAUUCAGAAUAUUCUCGUAGUUUCCAUUCAGAACAUUCAAGCUUCAGCUCUGCCUCCAAACACACGGAGAGCAAAACAAGAAAUGACUUGACAAGGAGGAGCUCAUUUGACAGUGGUAGGUAUGAGAACAGGGGGCGGGAGGAAAUCCGAGAGGCAAAAAGAGAGAAAGAAAGUGAGAAGGUGAGAACAGAGGAAGAGAGCAGCAGGUCAGAGCGAGGACACGGUACAAGACUAGAUGGUGAGAACGGAGAAGGAGGGGGGAGACCGAAAAAAGACCUCCCUGCAAACCUGCUGGAUAUUUUCAGUCAGAUAGCCCAGUUUGAGAAAGAGAGGGGAGUCAGGCCAAAAAAAUAACUUAACAUUUACAUUUCCAAGUCCAGAAUAUGCCAAAUACCAGGAUAUGUGCAUGAAGUUGGAUGAUGAAUUCAAAGUGUUGUAGAGACUGCAAGAUGCUUCCAUAUCUGGGAAACAGCACCCUUGAAGCAGUGGAAAAAUGUGUUGCAGAUUGUCGCCUGUUGUCGUAUGU